AAGAGUAAUUAUAACCCUACUUUUAAUUUUGUUUUAUUUGUAAUAUUUCCUGCGUUAUUUAUGGGUUGUAUUUUAGCUUUUCUUUAGUUGUUGACUGGGGGGAGGUGUUCUGCUAUCUUCAUUGAUCUAUAUCUGUAUAAGAAUAAUGGAUGAUGCACAAGUCGACUACUUAAGUGACCUACCCGAUGAAAUAAAGUUAAUGGUUUUCCAGCAUCUCGAUAGUUUCACCAUAAUCACUUUAAAAGAAGUUUCAAAAAAGUUUGCAAGUCUCUCUGUUGAUAAGCAACUGUCCAGCACAUUAUGCUUUUACAACGAUUAUCGUUUUAAACUCGUCCACCUGCGGAACGAUCUGCACAAGUUACGGAGGGAAAUUAUCACCUCUUUAAAUUUAAAUUGCGUCUACUGGAUACCUAGAAAUGAAAUGAAGAGGUGUCUAAGUUUGGAUAUGCUAGAUUCUUUGUACGUUUUAGAUACAAACCUAAGGUUGCAUGAUAUUUGCAGCAAAAACAAACUUAAGUUGAAGACACUAGCAAUUACAGUUACCGAUACUGAUGCAUCUGCAGCUUGCUACGAUCCUAUAAGAAAUCUUAAAAAGUUAUGUGUCCAUUACUGGAAUUUUAGGAGAUUUAAAAUAGUACCUUUUAUACAGGAGUGUGAAGAAUUAGAAGAGUUAUGGGUUGUAGAUGUAGGACGAUCACCCGAUACGCCACGUCUUGAGGACCGAAUUUAUAUUAAUUUCGAAAGGUUAAAAAGGCUCGUGAUUAUGCGUAAUACUCAUUUUACCGACUCUGACAAAAAACACCAUAUCGCUUUUAUGUGCCAUAGGGGUAAAGCAAAUUUGUGUAUUGAAAGCACCAAUUCAGAAAUUUGUGAUAUAUACAAAAGUGAAUUUUAUGAAACUGUUGGAUGUGUCGAGUGGAAUAGAUAUUUAAAUGAGCUCAACUGUGAUAACCCAUUUAGUUUGCAUGAUGCGAAAAAAUUGGUUUAUAAACAAGCUACUCUCGAUGACAUACAAUUUCAAGAGUUAUCCUUCAUUCACAAGCGUCUCUGUUCCGAGGUGCUUAAACCGACUGUAAUUGCACUUUUAGCAUUGCCAAAUACUAGAUUUUUACGAAAACUUAGCAUUAAUAGAUGCAUCUUGACAGGCAAUCAUGAGCUCUCUGUAGAGCACUCCCGCACAGAAUUAUUUAAGAGCAGCAGAAUAUCAAGAGUUCAUGUUGCACAAAGCACUUUAGAUGCUAUAGUAGAACAUUCACCUUUAAUUGAAGAAUUGGAAAUUCUGGAUUGCGAGCGAGGAGGGACAGUGGCAAAUGCUAUUGAUUAUUCCUGCAUAGGCAAAUUGUCUAAAUUGAAGAGUUUAGUUUUAGAAUACUCGAAUAUUGACAGAGACAGAACGUAUUUGUUGGAUAUAUGUAAAAGUUGUUCCAAUUUAACAUCAUUGAAAUUUUGGAUGAAACGUUUACAACAUCACAGUUUUACUCUUUUGACAGAUUUGCGUAAGUCUAUACCUUUCUGGAAAGCGUUGAAGGAUUUACGAUACGAGCAGUUUAGUUUACCACUUGAUGUAUUAAUGGAAAGUCUUGCAUCAAACAGUCAACUGAAAUUGGAAAGGAUUGUGCUACUGUGCAAUAAAACGGACGCGUUUUCGUCUGAACCACUUGUGAAGUUUAUAAAACGUAAUCCCCAAUUGAUAUUGGUUUAUAUUUGCGUUAUAAAUUUGCCGGACGCGUUUAGAAUACAAAUUUCAAGAACUCUCAAACACCUAAAAACACAGCAGCAAAUUUUUAUUAUUACAAAUCGAUACAAAAGUCCUCCAGUGCUUCCACAUGUUCAUGUGUUAGAAAUGAUGGAGUACAAUACAUCGAUUUCUGUCGCACAUUACCAGGUGCAUAUAACAAAUUUUUUUAGGGUUGGAUCUUUAUGUAAGGAUCGCUGCUGGUUAGUCUCAAGCUAGUAUAUUCAAAAAAUUAUCAAAUGAAUUAAUAUACAGGAUGGUUUUUUACAGAAUUCUAAAAAUUAGUCACUAGUAAACGGUCUUUAUUUUAGAUGUAUUUAAAAAAAAUGAAAUUGUGCGUAAGAACUACACAAGACAGAACAUGUCGGUAAAAAACCAACACGCCAACUAAACCGGCCCUGGCUAUCCUCUGACAUGAGAAGCGGGGGAACCCAUGCUCUCUCUCCACUCAUUCUCCUCUUAGCGUUUUACUAUUUUCGUGACCUUAGCAUUCGACUUGCCCUACCAGACCGAAAGAGGUUUGACUUCAAAAAAGUGUUUUUAGAACUAAAAGUUAUGGAAGACUUUCAAUUGUCAUACACAUCAGCCUACUUUGAUUUUUUUCAUCAGCAUCAAAUACAUUUGAACUUUAUGUUUAUAACAAAAAUCAAAAGCAGGCUGAUUAGCAUGCAAGGUCGCUUGGGGAUAGGUAAAAUACACCCGAAAUUGCUAUCAUCAGAUGCUUUUUCCAGGAAUACUGCUAGAGGCAUGACUAUGUUUGUUGUUCGCUGUAGCCUACUGUUUCUCACUUCUGCCAGCUUUUCAGGUCAUAAUCUUUCAGCAAUACUGCAAUAAUACAUUUUUCGUCCUAAGGGAGAGGCUAAAACUAGAGGGCACAAUAGGCUGGGGUACUAGCCGUACAGGGACCUAAUAAGGGACCACCUUUGAGAGUAAGUCCAAUUUUUUAAUUCGGUAACUAAAAUAUCAUUUUAUCGUCUACUCUACAAUACAUUUUUAAGUUCGCGGGCACUUUACAGUGUUGCGAUUUAACUGACUUCUGUAGUUUGUGAUCUAUGGAUGGGCCCAUGAGCCGGAUAAACUAUAAGGCGAAAUGGGCAAUCGCCACGGGAAAAGCGAAUGAGGGCGAUAUUUGUUAGGCCAAUUCUUUCUAAUUAUCAAACAAAAUAUAAAGCCGGUUCUGAAUUUGCCUAUACAAAAAUUCUGCGAGUUGUUCGGAUUUAUGAAAAGAUUAAUAGUAUAUUGCCCGAUGAAGAAAUAAAAAUGAUUUAGACUAUUAGUGACCAUGAGUUUCAGGUAAAAUCAAAGUUAAACUUAAAGGUAUUAAAAAUGUUGUGGUCGGAAAAACUAUAACCUCUACUUUUCCCAACAUGGAUAUUGCUUUACGAAUAUACCUUUAUUUUCUAGCAACGAAUGCGGCAGGUGAAAGGUCGUCCUCUAUCCUUAAAAGAAUUAAAAAUUAUUUAUGAAACUGUUUGAAAAAUGAUAAAACGAGCGGCUUAACAUUAUUAAA